AUGAUGUGUGUGUGUGUGUGUGUUUGUUGUGCGCAGUACGCGGGCAGCAGCGCCGAGCUGGAGGUGGAGAGCAGCAUGGCGGUGCGCAUGCGCGUCACGGCGCUGCAGGCCGCGCCGCCGCGCGCGCCAGAACCCGCGCUGCUCUUCGACUGGGAGGGGCCGGGGCGCGGCGAGGUGGCGCCGGGGCUGCAGCGCGUGGCGACCGUCUCCUUCGCGCCCGAGCGCCGCUGCGAGCCGCGCUGCUACACCGGCCUCGACCCGCACACGCCAGAGGGCGCGGCGUGGGCGCGGCGCGGCGCGCGCUGGGACGAGGCGGCGCUGCGCGAGGACGCGGCGCUGCUGCGGGCGCGGCUGGCGCGCUACGCGCAGCACGCCGCCGCCGCGCCGGGGACCAACUUCACGCUGCAUCUGCACACCACAGAGGUGCUGCAGAUAGUGGUGAGCGGGUCGGCGCGGCUGCAGUGGCCGCGGCUGGCGGCGGCGCGCGCGGGCGCGGCGGCGCUGGCGGCAGUGCGCCGCGCCGCGCCGCUGCGCCUGGCGCUGCGCAACCCCGCGCACGUGCCGCUGCUGCUGCACGCGCUGCCCGCGCCCGCCGCCGCCCUCCUGCCCGACCUGCCGCCCAGCGCCGGUGGUGAUUCCGAGUUUUGCACGAACGAGAAAUGUAUUUGGUCCCGUGACGCGUUUAACCUGACGGGAUGGCGCGCGACGCGCGGCGAGGCGCGCGAGUACAGCGACGCGGCGGCGGGCGAGGGCGCGCCGCCCGCGCUGCUGCUGCAGCCGCACGCGGAGGUCGAGCUCAGCGUCACGUUCUCGCCUCCGGACGCCGGCUCUUUCACGACAUAUCUGUAUUUGAGAAACAAUUUGACGAUAUUGGAGGGCGUGCAACUGUACGGUCAGGGGGAGUACCCUCGCUUCGACAUCGGCGGCAAGCGGCCCGGGGCGGCGUCGCCGUUCGUGUUCGAGGUGCGCGAGUGCUCGUGGAGCGGCGUGACGGGCGGCGGCGGCGCGGCGGCGCGGCGGCUGGUGGCGCGCAACGCGGGGCGCGUGCGCGUGACGCUGGCGGGCUGGAGCGUGGCGCGCGGCGGCUGCGCGGCGCGCGGCUGGCGCCUGGCGCCCUGCGCGCCGCUGCACCUCGCGCCCAACGCCUCCGCGCCGCUGCACCUCGCCUUCGCGCCCGACUACUCGCUCUCGCGCCUCACCGCCACGCUGCAUCUGCACACGGACCUGGGUCCAGCUGAAUACGUUUUGAUGGCGACAGUACCCGCCAAGGUGCUCGCCCAGUGUGCGGCGAUCGCUCCCCGCCCGCCCUGGGAGGGCCUGCUGCGCUCCGCCGGCACGGUGCUCGCCUUCGCCGCCUUCGCGCUCGUGCUCGCCGCCGCCGCGCUCGACGCCGAGCGCCUGCUGCGCCGAGCGCGCGCCGCCCGACCGCCCCCGCCGCCUCACGCGCCGCUCGACCUGCGCCGCCUGGCACCGCCCGCCCCCCGCGCCCGCGCCCGCGCCGCCCCGCCCGGCGCCCCGCCGCCGCCGCGCCCAGCGCCGCCCCGCGCCGCUCGACCCGCGCGCCGAGCGACGCGCCUUCGAGCGCUGGCGCGCCGAGGUGCUGCGCCGCGGCGACGACUCCUCGCGCUCCAGCGAGGACGUCGACCUGGACCUCGACGACGCGCCGACGCCGAGCCCACGCCGGCCGACGAGGAAGGCGGCUCCACCGGCUCCGACGUGUCUACUCCCGCCGAGGACCGCGACGACGCGGACGAGCCCUACGGCGGUGACGUCGAGCCCGAUCCCAGGGACGACUCGCCCACUGAUGGCUGCGACGUGACGCCUAUCGUCAAGCCGCUCGUGCUGCCGCCGGCGCGCACGCAGCCCGCCGAGCCGGCGCGCGCGCGCGGGCGGCGCUCGCUGGGCGAGGGCGGCGAGGCGCGGCGCGAGCGCGCGCGCGCCGGCGACCCGGCGGAGCGCCGCGCGCCGCCCGCGCGCCACCACGUGCGCAAGGAGCGCGCGCCGCGCCGCCGCGAGCGCGCGCUGCCGUCGCCGCCGCCGCGCUCGCCGGCGCCGGGCGCGGGCGCGGAGGCGGGCGCGCGCUCGUGGAGCGCCGUGGUGUCGGGCCCGCCGCUGGCGCCCAUCGGCUCCGACGUGCGCCGCCGCGAGCCCGACCGCGCCUCCGACAACUCCCUCUUCUACUUCAACGGCAGCACCGACGCCGCCGCGCGCCCCGACACGGAGUUCGCGUGGCGCCCGCCCGUGGCCGCGGACAGGCCCGCCUUCGCGCCGCCCAGAGAUUACUUAGUUUCAGACGAGACGCACACGCUAGGUGUGGGAAGCGUGGGGAGCGUGGGAGGAGUGACCGGGGUGGGCGGUGGGUACGGCGUGGGACUGGGCUCGGUGUGGGGCGGCGGCGGAUGGGGCGCGUGGGGCGCGGGCCCGCUGCGGCCGCCGCCGGGUUUCGCGCCGCCCUCGCCGCCCGCGCAGCAGCGCUCCUACGACCCCUUCCAGUCGCUGGCCUCCAUAUGGGCGCCGGCGCCGCACGAGUGGCGCCCCGCGCCCUCCCCCGCGCCCGCCUCGCCGGCGCAUGCGGCGCCCGCGCGCGACCGCGACGACCACAAU